AUGAGUUGUCUUGAUACAAUUCAUUCAGAAGCAAAGACCUCACGUUACUUCGUGUCUGAAGAGGUGAUGUAUCCAACUGACCCUAUUAAAAAGUUACCUUUGGACAACACUCCAAAAUUUGUGGUCCUUGAUUACACUGAGCAUCAACAAAAUUUAUUAGAUGAAUUCGCGAGCAACAAGUUGAAAAGAAAGGCAUCCAUGUUCCCUCUUACGUCCGAGCAGAAUAAGGAUAUGGAAAUCCUUCAACAAAAGAGGACAAAAUAUCGUUCCACAGCUCUCCCUAUGGUGAGUGAAUGUACUGAUAUCAUUGAAGAGAUGAAAAAAGAAUUGGCAGAAAGGAAAAAGGAAAUUUUUGAUUUGAAUAAGGACAAUGCGGAGAUGAAGAAGGAAAUUUUAAUGCUGAAGCAGAAAGAAGAGAUGAUGAUGAGGGAUAAGGAACAGAUUGAAAAGGAGGUUCUUGAUUUAAAAGUUUCCGUUGGUGUUAGAAAAAUAACUCCUUUCUUCGUUCCAUUGAACAUGACUAACCCAGAAAAAUUUGGAUUUGUUAGAAGUUUUUUCACCUUAAACGAUAAUGAAUUUAAGCAGAAAUAUUUGUGUAACGUCGACAAAGCUAUCGAUGUUUGUAUAUUAAUAGGACUAGAAUUUGAGAAAAUUUCAAAAGCAACGGAUUGGGAGAAAUAUGAAUAUAUAUAUUCAUUCCUUACUAAAAUUCUUAACAUCGAAUCUCUUCCAGAGGACACUGGAUCUCAAAGCGACAACAAACUCAACGAAAGCGAACUGGAUGAUUGA